ACGGGAGGCGGCGAGGGGUCAAUCUGCGCGGUAGUGGGGUGGCCGGUGAGGCAGUCAGAGGUGCCUGGGUUGGGUGGAAGGACAUCGGCUCGCACACACGAGGAGGGUUGAGCCGCCGCCGCCGCCGCCGCCUUUGUCGCGAGUGCGAAGUAGGGACUGGAGCUGCUGCCGCGGUGACGCCGGGGACUCUGUCGCUAGCCCUCAGCCCUUCUGUCUCCCACUUCCCCGGGUCAGCGCGGCCUGCUCCUCCCCGGCCCGUCGCCCCCGCCUCCAUUUCCCGCCCUCUCUUCACCACACACACGGUCCCCCCGAUCAUGGAUCCGGGCAGUGGCGGCGGCGGCGGCGGGGGCAGCAGCAGCGGGAGCAGCAGCGACUCAGCGCCCGACUGCUGGGACCAGGCGGACAUGGAAGCCCCCGGGUCGGGCCCGUGCGGCGGCGAAGGCGGCCCCUUGGCGGCGGGGGCCGCCGAGGCCCAGCGUGAGCACCUCAGCGCGGCCUUCAGCCGGCAGCUCAACGUCAAUGCCAAACCCUUUGUGCCCAACGUCCACGCCGCCGAGUUCGUGCCGUCCUUCCUGCGUGGCCCGGCCCAACCGGCGCCGGCGCCGGCGCCAACCACCACGGAGCCUGCAGUGGCGCGGGAGGCCCUUCGGGCAAAGGGGCCGGGACGCGGAAGCAGCCGAGCGGGAGGCCGGAGCCCACCUUGGUGGGGUGUGGGGACACGUCUGCGGUUCGCCUCGCAGGGCGGGGUACGCGCGGCCUCGGGGCCCGGCGGCACGUGGGGCGCUGACAGCGGCGCCGGGCGCGGGCAGCCCUGUGUGGGGCGGCCCGGGCGCGGCGGAGGGCCUGGAGGAGCGGUAGCUGCGUGUCGGCGACAUGGGAGGGAUCUAGAGCCCGUCCCUUCCCCGGGGGCCGCAGCUACCUACUAGAACUGAAAACCGUAUGGGACGGAGAGGGCCCGCGGCCAUCAGUACCAUGAGGCCCAGACGUGGGACAACUGGAACCAGGAGGUGGGUGGGCGUUGAGCGAGCCAGACUCAAGGAGCUGGGAGGACGAGCGCCCGACUUUUCCUUCACCUUAUGCCUAGAUAAAUGGACAUCAUAAAAGUCUCUGGGAGUUUAGCUUCUUCAGAAACUUGCCACAGUUUCUGUAUUAGAGGCAGAGAGCUUGGAGAAGUACUUCUGUGAAGUAAGUACAUAUAUGAGCACAGUUUGAAUUUGGUUGUUUGAUUUUCUUGAUGUUUUGCCUUUUAACAAGGAAACUUAGUAUUUAUUUCUUUGCUUAGAUCAAGCAGUUUGGCCUACUUAAAUAAAGUUCACUUACCAGCCCCUAAAAGUGCCCGGUUCCCCAUACCUUAUCAUGCAGAUUCCUUUUAUCCAGCCAUUUUCUUGUUUCUUUUUUGGCCGUCCCUCCUCACUCUGGAGCCACCAGCACCACUCUGGCUAGACUUGGAACUCCAUUUCCAGCUUGUCCAUCCAUCAGCCAGUGAGUCAGGAAGGGACAGCCAUCCUCAGAGCAGUGAUCUGGAGUAGACAUUGUUGGGUGACUAGGUAGGUAGGUUGGGUGACUGUUAGGUAGAAGAGCUGUCUUUCCUCUUACUGGCAUUUGCCAACUUGCUGGUUUAUUCUUAAUCCUUUUCUCUGUGACACUGUUAGAAGUGGAGAUGUAAAAAUAUCUAAGGAAGCGGUUAUAAGAGAAGUACUUUCUUUGUUACUUGGUGGUCAGUUUUUUUCAGUUAUAUCAAACUGUUUUGGUGUUACUGACUUUGUCAACUGCUUCUACAAAAUGCCAGUUCAUAUUUUUAAAAGUGUCCUCCUUAGGGUUGUCUAUUGGAAAAGAAUGGUUUCUAAAUUGAGGUCCAGAGAGAUGUGGGACUGUUGGAUUGCAUGUUUGAACCCAUAGAGGUCCAUAAAGUACCACCAUCAUAGCAGAGAACUAUGCCUGGAAGAAGCAAAGAAAAAAAUUGGAACUUGCCCUUAGAAAUUUACAAAGGGGGAGCCAUAAAAGUUGCAAGUUUUUUUAUAGUGAGGAAAUAAACAGAAGGGGAGCAUCUUUUCUUUGGUUGUUAAGCCCUUGUUGAGAUUUGUUGUGGGUCCCUGUUUUUAAACUAGAUAGGAGGAAGAGCUCUUGAAGGAGGAAGUCUAGAGGUAGAACACUGAAUGACUUCCUAACUGUUCCUGUCUAGGAUGAAUAUCUGUCAUUUCUCCUGAAAACAGGCUAGUUGGGUUUUUCUGGUGGUUCCUUGAGCAGCCAGUUGCCAUAAAUGUUUUUGCACAGUGUCAGAAGGCUGCUGGGUGGUUAUGCCUGUUUCCAGCCAUCCCAAGUCAAAACUUGGGAUUCCGUGUUGAUCUUAGCUCUCAGAAAAAGUAAUACAGGUUUCCAACGGAAUGAUUAAGUAGAAUACAAAUUAAGUGUAACCAAGUGUAAUUCAUUUAAGUUCAGUUCUCUACAGAUCCAAGUAAAUUGACUACGUGAUGCUCUUUAAAGUAGAAGUCCUGAAAUGAAUGAAAAUGUGGAAGACAAGGGUUGUGUGUAAGAGAACAAACAUUUUCUAUGCUAGAAUGUACAUAUUUUACUUAUUUUGAGUUUCAAUUUGCACACAGUUCAUUCUUUUUUAUUGUUGAAUGAGAAGUAAGUUUAGCGAUUUAAUUCAGGAUUACUUGGUGUCUUAGUCCAUUUGGGCUGCUGUGUAGUACAGUACCACAGACUAGGUAGCUUGUAAACAAAAUUUUUAUCCCUCACAGCUCAGGAGGCUGGAAGACCGUGAUCAGGGUGCCACCCUGGUCAGAUGAGGGCCUCCUUCCCUCUCUCAGAUCAGAUUGCUGACUUCUUGUUCUCACAUGGUGGAAGGGGCAAGGGAGCUCCCUGGGGCCUCUUUUAUAAAGGAGCUGUUUGUAAAAUGCAUUCUUGAGGGCUCUGCCGUUAGGACUUAUGUCCUCCAAAAAAACCCCACCUAAGUCCAAUACGUGAGGCAUUAGAAUUUCAACAUAUGAAUUUUGGGGGGGACACAAACAUUUCAGAGCAUAGCACUUGGACUUGUAGAGCAUCCAGGCUUCUGUAGUAAUGGUGUGGUGUCCUUUCCACCACCGCACCCUUAGCAUCUCUCAGAACUCUGCCAGUAAAAAAUGAAUAUAGAAUAAAAAUAAAACCAGCGGUCCUCAGAGGAGGAACUAUCUCCAAAACAUAGCACAUUGUAUUAUGGAACCUGAAUUUUAAAGAGAAAUGUUCUGUUUCAUAGUACUUGGUUUUUGAUGGGUGUCUUUUAAUGGGGAAGGAAUGUUCUUUUUUUUAGUGACAGAGAUAUAAUUCACAUAUCACAGAAUUCACUGUAGUGGUUUUUAGUAUAUUCACAAAGUUAAUGCAACCGUCACUACUACGUGGUGGUUGCUUGUUAAUCACUGAGUAGUCUCAAAAGUGACCUCUUCAGGGUCACCAGAGUAGAGUGCAGAAUCUUACAUAAUUGCUUUGUUCAGAAGGCCUCUUAGGCUUUAUUAUGAUUUUAAGUGAUACCUGUUGACUGAGAGAUAAGUUUAGACAGAAGAUAGGUGAGGUUCUUGACUGGAUUUUCCUUUUCCCAUGAGACUGAAAUCCCUGCAGUAACAAAGUCUUCAGUGGGACAGUAAGUAAAGUAGGCAGAGAAGGUGAGGGGAAAAUACUGUUCCAGGAGUGUUAUUUCUUUUCCUGCCUCGUUUUCUAGCUAGUUAUUUCUUACCUUGACUUAACCAAUUAUUAGAUUUGGGCUCUUAUUUCCUGAUUUUACAUGCUUGCAAUGGCUCCAGCGUGAGGAUUUAGGGAGUAAGCGAAGGCAUUACAUGAACCAGUGCUUUCCUUGUGAGCAGCUAUUUGAACUGGUAAGAAAUUUUGAUUGAGAAUAGGCCCUCUUUGGAGCAGCUUUUAUUUACUGCAGCUUUUGUACAUGGCUUUCUUCUGUCCCUUGUUUUUCACCUUCUCUGGAAUUGUACUGCAAGAAAAGAUAGCGAUUAAAAUUUCUCAGGGCGAGUUAGGGAAGUAGAGUAGAUGACAAGUUUUAAGUCUUGUUUUGUUUUUGUUUGCUGGGGAGGAAAUGUCUUAAAGUGUUAAAAUAUUACUGUUUUUCUAGUCGAAGAGAAAGGAAUGAAAAGGAUUCGAUAGUCUUUUGUG